AGGAAUUAAGUUUCAGAUAACAUGGAACUAUUUAUAGACAAGCAUAUGUUGCAGUCCUGUUGGAGUUGUCUUGCUUGUGAAAGUAACAGAUCCCUUAAAUAUUGUUUGGAAAAAUGAUUUUGUAUUUGACUCUGAAUGGUAGAAUAGGUGUUUUUGCUGGGAACUGAUGAAAAAAACUUUUUGUUGUGACACAACAUACUGUAAUGUUAAAGAGCAACAUAUAAGUCUCCAAUCAACAAAACUCCUGGAACUUUCACCAUAUUAGGUUUCUAGUUCGGCAACUGAUAAGGAUGUCUAACGAUCGUGCUCUAUUAAACCGGCUGGAGCAGAGAGCUAUAGAGGCUGACCAAGUUAUUGAAUAUCUCAAGCAGCAGGUGGCCUUACUUAAGGAGAAAGCAAUCCUGCAGGCUUCCCAAAGAGAAGAAAAGAGGCUUCGGGUUGAAAAUGCAAAGUUAAAGAAGGAAAUCGAGGAUUUAAAACAAAAUCUCAUUGAAGCAGAAAUCCGUAAUGGAGUUAAACGAGUUCCACUUCCGACAGCAGCUUCAGUUCAGUCAAGUUCUGCAACAUCUAUGCCUCCACCAGCUGCAUUGGCUACUCCAACUGCUAGCGAAAAAAUACCACAAGUGAGUGAAAACAAGAAAAAGAAAGAUAAACCAGACAAGAAGCCAGACAAGAAAGGAGAGAAGAAACAGACAGCAGGAGGUGGCGAUGAUUCCAAACCAAUUGACGUUUCUCGUUUAGACCUGCGUAUUGGGCGUAUCAUCACUGUUAACAAGCACCCUGAUGCUGACUCUCUCUAUGUGGAAGAGAUUGAUGUUGGAGAAAAAAUUCCAAGAACUGUUGUCAGUGGGCUGGUGAAACACGUGCCCAUAGAAGAGAUGCAAAAUCGAUUGGCAGUAAUACUGUGUAACCUUAAACCAAUUAAAAUGCGGGGAGUGGUCUCGCAGGCUAUGGUGAUGUGUGCAAGCUCACCAGAGAAAGUUGAAAUCUUGGACCCACCAAAUGAUGCUGUGCCUGGAGACAGAGUAACCUUUGAGAACUACCCUGGUGAACCUGACAAGGAGCUAAAUCCAAAGAAAAAAAUAUGGGAUCAAAUUCAGCCUGACUUGAGCACAAAUGCAGAGUAUGUUGCCACAUACAAAGGCACGCCAUUUGAGGUGAAAGGAAAGGGAAUUUGCAAGGCUCAGACAAUGGCCAAUAAUGGAAUCAAAUAACUUUUAUGUCUCGACAGUGGCACUGAGUGGAAUAUUGCAAAAAGCACAAUAAAUACUCAAAAACAUUAAGUUGCUAUGAAUUGUUCACUUUUGUUUGUGUUUGUUUCCAUGAGCCUAUCCUGAUGGAAACAAUGUAUUUGUAUGAUGUGAUUUAAUUUGCAUACCACAAAUACUAUGACGUAUAACUGAAGUAUUGUAUAGCGUAGUCAUUCUGAAAUCUAUUUGGCGAUAAAUGCACGGUGUAAUAGCUUCAAUAUACUUUAUUAGCUGUCUUUAAAAAUCUGUAUGUGCCCCAGUUGUACAAAAAAUUAUUGUGCUACCUCAGCUGCAGAAAAUUACAUUGAGGAUCUGUUAACCAUCAUUCUUUCAGAUAAUGUGUGAAGAGAGUGAAUGAUUCAUGAAUGCUUGCUUCCAUGCCCAAGAUUUAUUCAAAAUGUUAUUUCCUUUUCCCGAUGUGUAAAGAGAAUGCAAUUGCAUUAUUCCGGCCAAUACUUUGGAAAAUGGUCUCCCACAUCCUAUUGUAGAAUUUAAUCAAUAUUAUUAAUGUCAUGUGGCCAUCUGCAAACUAAAUAUAAACUAUGUUUGGAAAAUA